GUGUUGUUUCACAAAAUUCGAUUCGAAUGUUGCUGUGAGUGCAAUUGUUUACCCCUUUGAUUUGUAAUUAUUAUAAUUAUAAUUUAUUGGCGGCAGGAAAGAAACAAUGGAUUUAAACGAGAAGAACAAGAGGAGAAUUAAUAAUUAUGGAGAAGGAGGAGGAGGAGGCGAGCCAGAGGAGCAAGAAGAUGAUGAGAAGAAGAUGGACAAGUUCUUUGCCCUUCUAAGAAGCUUUCGGGAAGCUCGAGAUCGCAGAAGAAAUGAAUUGAAAGAAAUGGAGAUGGGGAAGAACAAGAACACGAUGAACAUGAUGAAGACGACGACGACGACGACGACAAAGAGGGCCAAAACAGAGCAUGAGGAGGGGGGACAAAAAUCGAGUUGGGUUCCCUCGUUUGAAUGGGAAGAUUUCUCCGAAGAACAGGAGUUGAGAAAGGCGCCUCUCUUCUUUCCUGCUCCCUGGAACAACAACCACCACCACCACGAGAAAUCCAAGAAGAAUGAUCAAAAAGAUGACAAUGAAACUGGCUUGGAUCUUGAACUCGGACUAUAGUUUUAUUUAAUAAGUGCUAAUGUUGAUGUUGAUGUUGAUGUUGAUGUUGUUGUCGUUGUAACCCCUUCCCUCCCCUCCCUGUUUCAUAUUUGGUCUAUCAAUUAUUAACUAGAUUUUAUGU